AUGAGUAAUAAUAAUCAACAACAACAACAACAAGAGGAAUUGUAUAAUGAAAUAUAUGGUAAUUUUAAAAAUGAAAAAUUAAAUAAUAAUAGUAAUAAUAAUAGACAAAAUUAUAAUGAUCAAUUUUAUAAAGAUAGAAAUAAUCAAAAUCAUGAAGGUAAUAAUAAUUCUAUAGAUAAUAGUAGUAAUAAUAAUAAUAAUGGAAAUGGAUAUAAGCCAUAUAGACAACAUGAACAAAGACAUCAACAAAGAAGAGAAAAUCAAAGACAUAAUCCAUAUAAUGGUGGAGGAGGAGGAGGAAGAGGUGGAGGUCAUCACCACCAACAUCAUAAUCAACAACAUGGUAUAGUUGGACAAAUCGGUGGACAAUAUAAUGAUAGAUUCAAUAACCAGCAAUACGGUCAAGUAAACAAGUCGAUCUAUGAACAUUACAACAAUCGUUCCAAUACCAGUAGGAACGAUCGUCAAGCCAGUAAGAUCAUCAAGAUGCGAUCGAUCAACAACUGGAUCAAGUCGAUUCUCAUUCAGAAACAUAGUCGUAUUGGUGAUCGUGUCUUGGAUAUCUGUGGUGGCAAACUGGGUGACCUCCAAAAAUGGAUGAAACAAUCGAUUGGUCGGCUCUUCGUAGCUGACAUCGCGCUCGAUUCACUGCGACAUGGAAUGGGUCGUCUAAACGACGAGAUAGCAAAGCAACAACAGCCGAUUACAUUCGAUUCCACCUUUGUUUGUUGUGAUUGUUUCUCGCCAAAGCUACUGGAAUCACUGCCACCUGCCACUUCAAAAGUCGAUCUUGUCAGUUGCCAGUUUGCACUGCACUACUCAUUCCGUUCCGAAGAGUCGGCACGUCAACUUCUCCACAAUGUCACAUCGCUACUAGAAGAAGGUGGAUACUUUAUAGGUACUAUUCCAGAUGCAUGUUACAUAGUUAAGAAUUGUAGAGAUAGUAAAUCAAAUAGAAUCGGUAAUGAAUUAUAUAGUAUAAAGUUCAAGUCGUUGAAAGCAGACAAUGAGAAUGAGAUUGAUGUCAAAAAGUUUGGAUGUGCUUAUGAUUUCUUCUUGGAGGAUGCAAUCGAUGGUUUAGAAGAGUAUUUGGUACAUAUGGAUAUCUUGGUGGAGUUGGCAUCGCAAUAUCAUUUGGAAUUGGUUUCAGACGAAGACUUUCAUAGUUUCAUUAGGAGAGAAAUCUAUGCGAAACCCGAAAACACAGAGCUCUUUCAGCGUAUGAAUCGAUCACAAUCAAUUUCACAAGAGGAAUGGGAUGCACUUUCCAUUUAUCGACUUUUCGCAUUUAAGAAACGUACAACAACAACAACAACAACAUCUGAUGAAAACACAAAAAAUAGACCAACACCACAACCAAAGAAAUUGCAACCUUACAAAGAAUCUGAUAUCAUAAUAAAUCUAUAA